AUGGUCGGAAUAUUGACCUCCACCGUGGGUGUCACGUUAACUUCCGGCACUUGGAGUUUAUUACUCAACCUCAUCGCAUUCAUUGCUGUCGCCGUCUUCUUUGCUUGGGAGUUUAGGUCCUGGUACCGACUACGAAAUAUUCCCGGUCCAUUUAUCGCCUCAAUUUCGGUCCUGUGGCAGUUGAAGAAAGCAGUUGGCGGAACAUACCAUGAGCAUCUGAAUGAUGUCGCCCGGAAAUACGGGCCUUUGGUGCGCAUCGGGCCAAACGAGCUUCUUUGCACAGACCCCGACUCGCUUCGCAAAAUCUCGGGUGUUCGCUCGCUGUAUACCAAGGGGGACUUUUACGCUACCGGCCGUAUCACGCCUGGCGUUGACAAUGUCGUUUCGAUGCGGGAUGAGGAGGCGCACAAGGCCAUGAGGGCGCGCAUGGCUCCGGCCUACGCCGCCAAAGAAAAUGAAGGGUUCAGCUUCGAGAGUGGCAUCGAUCGCCAGCUCAUGAACUUUAUUCGCUUAAUUGAUCAGCAUUAUGUCUCUACCGAUAGCGAGUUUCGGCCAUUGGAUCUCGCCGAAAAGACUCAGUUCUUCGCGCUAGAUGCCAUCGGCGACAUUUCAUUUGGCGACCCGUUCGGGUUCCUCGCUGAAGACCGCGACCUGUUUCGGUACAUUGAGAUUAACGAGUCUUCCCUGCCGGUCUUGAACGUCGUAUCGGUGCUUCCGUGGCUCGGCCGACUUGUUCACAAAUGGCCCUUUCGCUUGAUGAUGCCGAAGGAGAACGACCAAGUUGGUUUUGGUCGCCUCAUGGGCUUCGCUAAAAAUUAUGUCGAGAUGAGACUACAGCCCGGCGCAAAGCCCCAGAAAGAUAUGAUGCAAACUUUCAUCAACCAAGGUCUCAACUUGGAAGAGCUUAUUCAGAUUGUUUAUAUUCACAUGAUCGCAGGCACUAAUUCAGCUGCACAAGCCAUGCGCAUGACUUUACUCUGCCUAAUAAAUAAUCCAGUAGCCUAUCGCCGACUGCAACAGGAGAUUGACGAUUGCAUCGCGGCAGGUACCAUCAGCUCUCCCAUCACCGACGCCGAAGCUCUCAAACUCCCUUACCUCCAAGCGGUCAUCCGCGAAGGACUAAGGGUGUACCCACCCGUCACCGGGCUUGGCUUCAAACAGACGCCCAAAGGUGGCGAUAUCCUCAAUGGCUAUUUUGUCCCCGGCGGCACGCAGAUCGGACAGAAUUACUUUGGAGUUGGGCGUUCACAGUGGGUUUGGGGGCCCGAUGCCGAUGUUUUCCGGCCAGAGAGAUGGCUUUCGGCAAGCGAAGAGGAGGUGAAGCAGAUGGAUGCCGUUCUGAGUACGCAUUUCGGCCAUGGCAAGUAUUCUUGCCCUGGGAAACCGAUUGCCAUGAUGGAACUUAACAAAGUGUUUGUUGAGCUGCUGAGGAGAUACGACUUAACAGUCGUAAACCCAGAGAAGCCUAUCAAGACUCUCAGUGCAAUUUUCUUCGUUGCGAGAGACUUCUGGGUGACGUUAACAAGACGGUCACCUUAA